AUGAAAUCCCUCGCUGCGGAAUGGGCGCCCCACAAGAUCCGCUGUAACUCCAUCUCGCCGGGGUACAUGAACACCCUGCUGAUCGAGAAAUUCGAUCCCCUCUUGAAGAAAGUACCGGUGGGACGAAUGAGCCAUGUUUCGGGCUUGAGCGGGGCCGCGUUGUAUUUGGCCAGCGACGCGUCUUCGUUCACUACGGGCACUGAUCUCUUGAUCGACGGUGGCUAUUGUACGUGGUAG